UUUAAAUAAUUCGGAUUUUGUUUUGGGAGGAAACUUUUGAUUGUGUUUACUACUUUUUGCUAUAAUGGGGGUAAUGCUAUAUCCAUCAGGAAUGGAUUUUGUCUCGUGUCUCUUAUCUCGGGAAAUCUUGUAUUUUUGAGUGAUCUCGUAUUUUGUAGGACGAGACCCACCCCUGUUAUCCAUCCCGGUCUCGGUAUAUCCUCAGAAUCGACUGCAAUUUCCACUCCUUAUGCCAUUACCUGAAUAACACUAAAAUAUCCACAGAUAUACCUAACACCGUUACAUAUUUGUCAUUCCCUUGCUAACUUUUUCUUCCUCUCGUUUAGUUAUAUAUCUGAUCACCCAAAAGUCGAUCCUCUAAUUGUUUCAAAUAUUGCUUUAAUUAUUGGUGGAAUAGCUACAGCAUUUGCCCCUUUACUUAAUCAACUUUGGAUGUUUGCUAUUUAUUGUUUUCCUUUUGCUUUUGGUGCUGCCAGUUUUGCAGCUUUACGUUCAAUUAUUUGUGUUGAAUUGCUUGGUAUUGAACGCCUUUCUAGUGCUUUUGGAAUGUUAAUGCUUUUUAUGGGAGUUGCUGCUCUUUUUGGCCCUCCAUUUGCAAAAUUAUUAAAAAACUUUACGGGUAGUUAUGGACUAUCAUUUCACAUUAUGGGUAUAAUGAUGGUUGUUAGUGGGGCUAUGUGUAUUCCUUUAAGAAAAAUAAAUGUUUGGGAAGAAAGGAAAAAUAAAAUUAAAAAAUUUGGCCAAUCAAAAAAUGAAAAAGAAAAUAAUGAUGAUGAAAAUAUACCAGAAUUACAACCUUUAAAUUAA